AACGUGCGCGUACCCGGACGCCUUGCGGGGGCGAGCGCGUUCCGGAGCCCACGGCUGGCCGAGCCCCGGGUAAGACCCGCGGACUCUGCUGAGGGUAUAUUUUUAUGUAGUAUACCUGUGGAGAAGAAACAAUGGAUUCCUUGGAUCACAUGCUGACAGAUCCCCUAGAACUUGGUCCUUGUGGAGAUGGUCACAGUACAGGGAUCAUGGAGGACUGCCUUCUGGGUGGUACCAGGGUUAGUCUGCCUGAAGACCUUCUGGAGGAUCCUGAGAUAUUCUUUGAUGUCGUCAGCCUCUCCACAUGGCAAGAAGUACUAAGUGACUCUCAGCGUGAACAUCUCCAGCAGUUUCUGCCUCAGUUUCCUACAGAUAGUGUAGAGCAGCAAAAUGAGCUCAUCCUCGCCCUAUUCAGUGGGGAGAACUUCCGCUUCGGAAACCCUCUGCACAUCGCCCAGAAGCUCUUCCGAGAUGGACACUUUAACCCUGAGGUGGUCAAGUAUCGUCAGCUCUGCUUCAAGUCACAGUACAAGCGGUAUCUCAACUCCCAACAGCAGUAUUUCCACCGGCUGCUAAAACAGAUUCUUGCUUCCAGGAGUGAUCUCUUGGAGAUGGCUCGUAGGAGUGGCCCUGCUCUUCCCUUUCGACACAAGCACCAUUCACCAUCCCGAAGCCCUGAAGAGCGGGAGUGGCGGACUCAGCAGCGUUACUUGAAAGUCUUGAGGGAAGUGAAGGAGGAGUGUGGCGACACUGCCCUGUCCUCUGAUGAGGAGGCCACGUUGGAUUUACAAGAAAAAUUUUCUUUUGAAGAUCUCAGCUCAUGGCUUCCAAGCUCUCCAGCACGUUCUCCUAGUCCUGCGGUGCCCCUGAGGGUGGUGCCCACACUUUCCACCACGGAUAUGAAAACUGCAGAUAAAAUAGAACUGGGGGACAGUGACCUGAAGUUAAUGUUAAAGAAGCACCAUGAGAAGCGGAAACAUCAACCAGAUCACCCAGACCUUUUGACGGGGGACCUGACCCUCAGUGACAUCAUGACUCGAGUAAAUGCCGGCAGGAAGGGCUCCCUAGCAGCCUUGUAUGAUUUGGCUGUUCUUAAAAAAAAGGUGAAGGAAAAGGAGGAGAAGAAAAAGAAGAAAAUAAAGUUGAUUAAGUCGGAAGCAGAGGAUCUGGCUGAGCCCCUAAGCAAUACUGAAGGGGUUCCAACUCUCUCACAGGCCCCCUCUCCCCUGGCAAUAUCGUCUAUCAAGGAAGAACCCCUGGAAGACAUCAAGCCUUGCCUUGGAAUCAAUGAAAUAUCUUCCAGUUUUUUCUCUCUUCUGUUAGAGAUCUUGCUGCUGGAAAGUCAGGCUAGCCUUCCUAUGCUGGAGGAUCGAGUUUUGGACUGGCAGUCUUCCCCGGCCAGCUCCCUCAACAGCUGGUUCUCUGCUGCCCCCAACUGGGCUGAGUUGGUGUUGCCUGCUCUGCAGUAUCUUGCUGGAGAAAGCCGAGCGGUUCCUUCCAGUUUCUCUCCAUUUGUUGAAUUCAAAGAGAAAACCCAGCAGUGGAAAUUGCUUGGUCAGUCUCAAGAUAAUGAGAAGGAAUUAGCCGCUCUUUUCCACCUGUGGCUAGAAACCAAAGACCAGGCCUUCUGUAAGCAGGAAAAUGAAGAUAGCUCAGAUGCCAUGACACCUAUCCCUCGAGUAAGAACUGACUAUGUGGUUCGACCUAGCACAGGAGAGGAGAAACGGGUUUUCCAAGAGCAGGAGCGUUACAGGUGUGUUAAACGUGUAGGAAGGUGCAGUGCAGUGUUGAUGGCCAGUAGAGGGCAGUGUGCCCCUGACCAGUCAGUUCGGGAUGCUGCAGCUCGGCUGCCUAAUGGAGAAGGCACUCGGGCAGAGAUCUGUGAACUGCUCAAGGACUCUCAGUUUCUUGCUCCAGACGUCACCAGCACUCAGGUGAACACAGUAGUGAGUGGUGCACUGGAUCGAUUGCAUUAUGAGAAGGACCCUUGUGUUAAAUAUGACAUCGGUCGGAAGCUGUGGAUCUACCUGCAUCGGGACCGGAGUGAGGAAGAGUUUGAACGGAUUCAUCAAGCUCAAGCAGCAGCAGCUAAAGCCAGAAAAGCUCUUCAACAAAAACCCAAGCCGCCAUCCAAGGUGAAGUCCAGUAAUAAGGAAGGCUCCAUGAAGGGCCUUAGUGGUCCUUCUGAGCAGAGCCAGAUGAGCCUCAGUGACUCCAGUAUGCCACCUACCCCAGUUACACCCGUAACCCCCACCACGCCAGCAUUGCCCACCCCCAUCUCUCCUCCGCCUGUGUCAGCAGUGAACAGAAGUAGCUCUACCACUGUCUCUGAGCCAGCCAAGUCUAGUUCAGGUGUUCUUCUGGUGUCCUCACCAACAAUGCCACAGCUAGGAACGAUGCUUUCCCCAGCUUCCAUCCAGACUCCACCCAGUUCUCAGGCCACCGCUCGGGUGGUCAGCCAUUCCAGCUCAGCAGGACUACCCCAGGUUCGGGUGGUAGCCCAGCCUAGCCUUCCUGCUGUUUCCCAACAGUCAGUAGGGCCAGCACAGCCGUUACCACAGAUGCCUGCAGGACCACAGAUUCGUGUGCCAGUCACUGCUACCCAAACCAAAGUAGUACCCCAGGCAGUUAUGGCAACAGUUCCAGUCAAGGGGCAAACUGCGGCGGCCUCUGUGCAACGGCCUGGACCUGGGCAGACAGGACUUACAGUGACGAAUCUUCCUGCUGCAGUCAGCCCCGUAAGCAAGACAGCCAUUAGUUCUCCUGGGAACUCUGCUCCAAGUGCCUCCACAACAGCCGUCAUUCAGAAUGUCACAGGACAGAACAUCAUCAAGCAGGUGUCAAUCACUGGACAGCUUGGUGUGAAGCCCCAGACAGGCAACAGCAUUCCACUCACAGCCACAAACUUCCGCAUCCAGGGUAAGGAUGUACUGCGCCUGCCACCUUCUUCCAUCACCACGGAUGCCAAGGGCCAGACGGUUUUGAGAAUCACUCCAGACAUGAUGGCCACAUUGGCCAAGUCUCAGGUUACCACAGUCAAACUGACUCAGGACCUCUUUGGGGCAGGAAGUGGCACUGCAGGCAAAGGCAUCUCUGCUACCUUGCAUGUUACUUCUAACCCUGUCCACGCAGCUGACAGCCCUGCCAAGGCACCUUCGGCCAGUGUUCCUUCAUCAGCUCCAGCUGGUACUACUGUGGUCAAAGUAACUCCUGAUCUCAAGCCAACAGAAACUUCGAAUUCAGCUUUUCGUUUGAUGCCAGCUCUUGGUGUGAGUGUGGCAGAUCAGAAGGGAAAGAACACAGUGGCCUCUUCAGAAGCAAAACCCGCUGCUACCAUCCGCAUUGUGCAGGGGCUGGGAGUGAUGCCUCCUAAAGCAGGCCAAACCAUUACUGUUGCAGCACAUGCAAAGCAAGGAGCUUCUGUUGCUGGUGGGUCUGGAACUGUCCAUUCUUCAACAGUGUCCUUACCCAGUAUAAAUGCCACUGUGUCUAAGACUGUGGCUGUGGCUUCUGGGGCAACAAGCACCCCCAUCAGCAUCGGGACUGGAGCCCCCACUGUGCGACAGGUCCCUGUUAACACUACAGUUGUGUCCACAUCCCAGUCUGGGAAGCUGCCUACCAGAAUCACAGUUCCUCUCUCUGUGAUUAGCCAGCCAAUGAAGGGCAAGAGUGUGGUCACAGCCCCCAUCAUCAAAGGCAAC